AUGAAACAUUUCGUCGUAUUCUCCCUCCUGUUCGCUGUAGCCUCGGCCAGUGUUCUUCCCGCCAGUGAAAACCCCGAAAUCCAGAAGAUCGUGGCCGCCAUCCAGAGCCCUAGUACCGACCCCGCUACAGUUGCCGCCCUUGAACAAAUGCUCCUCGAUGUCCUCGGCCUUUCUAAGCCUGAACCCAUCGAUGUUGGACAUGCAAUCGUUGACAAUUACGAACCCAUCUCCAUUGGACCUGCCAUCGUAGACUUCCUUCUGCCCGACGGGGGUGCUGUAACUGAUGUGGAGCCCAGCCCUGCUUUUCCGUCACCCUCCUCAUCCCCUCUAGUCCAAAUUAUUAUUAAAAUCAACCAAACUUUGGCUGACGCCAUUAGUGGUUCCCCUGUCGCCGUUGAAACUGUCAACCCACCAAAACAGUAG